UGAGUUUUCAUUACUUGUGAUUCGAAAGUAAAAGUUAUGAUCACUAUAUAAAGGAAAUCCGACUGCAAGCAGUCACAGGAGACGCACUUAUAACAACAGGAAAACGCAUUAUAAUAAGGCACGAUAAAAAAGCUCCUCCGCAUCGCGCCGGACUCGAGAAAGCAUCAUCACGCAAGAGAUAGUGGAUAGUGGAGAAGUGGACUCUCAGAGCGAGGAACAGGAUUUAACAUGGAGUUGGCACUGGAGAAGGCUAAAGAAGAGCAAGAGGAGUGGGGACAACAAAUGGAGUUAGCGAUGGAAAAAGCCAGAGAUGAGCAAGAGGAGUGGGGAAAACAAGUGGAGUUGGCACUGGAAAAGUGGAAAGAUGAGCAAGAGGAGAGGGGCCAACAAGCGGAGUUAGCACUGGAAAAGUGGAAAGAUGAGCAAGAGGAGUUGUCAGAACAAAUGGGGUUAGCAAUGGAGUUAGCAAUGGAAAAAGCCAGAGAUGAGCAAGAGGAGUGGGGAAAACAAAUGGAGUUGGCACUGGAAAAGUGGAAAGAUGAGCAAGAGGAGAGGGACCAACAAGCAGAGUUAGCACUGGAAGAGUGGAAAGAUGAGCAAGAGGAGUUGUCAGAACAAAUGGGGUUAGCAAUGGAGUUAGCGAUGGAAAAAGCAAGAGAUGAGCAAGAGGAGUGGGGACAACAAAUGUAGUUAGCAUUGGAAAAGUUUAAAGAUGAGCAAGAGGAGUUGGCGCAACAACUGGAGUCAGAGGUGGAAAAGGCAUUCGCAAAAUGAGGAGUUAGCAGAACAAUCAAUGUAGAGGAAGAUGGUGAAGGAAACAGAAGUAACCUGCUGAAUACGAUGAGGAGGAGGAAGCCUCUCAAGAUGAUAUGUUGGAGAACGAGUGACUUUCUAUUGCCUCAUCCUAAUCCACA